AGUAUCAUUCCAUUGACCCUUCAAGCGAUAUGGAAAACCCUCACGAAGCAGAGCAGGCAGUCUUGUUGGAAAGAAUCGUGAACAACGUGGACAAGGCGAAUGAGGCUGUCCUUGAAUUAAAUCACUGCAUCAAGGAGUACCUCGCUUCCUCUGACCAAAUCACCAUGGCUUCUGAUCUCAGCGCUACAUACUCUCGAAAUAUCAAGUACAACUUGGAGAGCCAGGGAAAAAUGCCCAAACCACUAUGAGGAAUUGCAGUGGAUCGAGGUGUAUAAAUUAUUGUACAGUAUCUGGACCUCCAGUCCCAUGUAGCCAGCGAGUCUGGGCGUCUAUUGUCUGCUAAGCCCCACAAUUUCCUUACGAUCUCUGAUGUUUCGACACGCUGUCACAAUGUGCCAUGCUCCAUCUUCACUGCUCUCGAAAACGGUCGAAGCCACCAGCUGUGAAAGGCGUGUCACGUGACCCAUCUUCGCCCCUGAUCAUGACGUGUCAUUCUAGAAUGAACCACAGGACCGUGGAAUAUGCGAGAACUUUCGUCAUUUUGUGGCUCCAGGGUGGUCCAUGGUAUUAAAAUAUUCUCCAAUCUCCA